AAAAUUAUUAAACAAUUCUUAUAAAUAAAUUCAAAAUUAUUUAAUUAAAUAAAUAAAAUUUUAAGCUAAAAUAAAACAAAACUUAAAAGUUUUGUUUAAAAGCAAAUAAAUUCUAAAUAAAGUGCUCAUUACUGCAUGAUAAAAAGUGUAUGUUUAUUGCUAGAAGUUUCAAUAAAAUACAAUUAUUUAAGCGCCAUUUAGAUAAAUUAAUAAUAAAACAACGAAAUUUUAAAGAAAUUGAUUUGCAAAAACAAAAUUUUAUUAAUAAAACAACAAUAAAUAUUAACGGGUUUAGAUUACAAACAAAAACAGCGGCGGCAGCAGCAAAAGCAGAGUUAGCAGCAGUAGCAGCAGUUAGAAUAAAAACAACAACAACACACACCACAACAUCUUUAUUUAAAUUCUUAAGCCAACAGACACCGUGUCAGUUUUUGGGUUCAAGAAAAUCUUUAAUAAAUACAACUCAACAACAGCAGCAUCAUCAUCAUCAAUUUCGUUCUAUUUAUUCUAACCAAUUUUUAUAUAUUAAAUCACAAAAAAUGGUGACUUCAGAAGAAGCUGUUAAAUAUUUGGAAAUUCCCGACAAGAGUGAAAAUGACAAAAAGCAUUACAAAACUUUGAUAUUGGCUAAUGGUUUGCACGUUUUAUUGGUAUCCGAUCCUAGUCCAGUGCCACAUGAUGGUUUAACUAACUCUUCUUAUGAAUCCACCGGGGAUUCUUGUGCCGAGGAAUCUACCGAAAGUGAUGGUGAAGACACUUUGGGUUCCAGUUCGGAGGAGGAUAGUGAUUCUGAUGUAGAGUCGGAGGAGGGUGAUGAAAAGUUAGCUGCUGUAGCUUUGUUGGUGGAUGUGGGCUCCUUUACUGAACCACCCAAUUAUCAGGGAUUGGCUCACUUUUUGGAACACAUGAUAUUCAUGGGUUCUAAGAAAUAUCCCACAGAAAAUGCUUUCGAUGCUCAUAUUAAAAAGUGUGGUGGCUUUGACAAUGCCAAUACAGAAUGUGAGGAGACCCUCUUUUACUUUGAGGUAUCCGAAGAACAUUUGGAUAGUAGUAUGGAUUAUUUUACUGCUCUCUUAAAAGCCCCUCUUAUGAUGAAAGAGGCCAUGACUAGAGAACGUGAGGCUGUAGAAUCGGAAUUUCAACAAACUCUUUACGAUGACGAAGCCAGACGCGAUCAAUUGCUGGCCAGUUUGGCUAAUAAAGACUAUCCUCAUAGUACGUUUACUUGGGGAAAUUUAAAAUCUCUUAAAGACGGUAUAAAUGAUGAUGAUUUACACAAAGAUUUGCAUGAAUUCUGUCAAAGACACUACAGUGGUCAUCGCAUGUAUGUGUGUGUUCAGGCACGUUUGCCAAUAGAUGAAUUAGAGAGUUUGGUGGUGAAACAUUUUAGCGAUAUACCCAGUAAUAAUAUGGAAGGCAAAGAUUUUACUGUUUACAAUUAUCGUCAGGCUUUUAAUGAUGAAUUUCACAAUCAGGUGUUCUUUGUUAAGCCCAUAGAAAAUGUUUGCAAAUUGGAAUUAACUUGGGUUCUACCGCCCAUGACUAAAUUGUAUAAAUGUAAACCCGAUCAAUUUCUUUCCUAUCUCAUAGGUUAUGAGGGUGAGGGCAGUUUGUGUGCUUAUUUAAGGAAAAAACUCUGGGGUCUUGAAUUAAUUGCCGGUGUUGAUGAGUCUGGUUUCGAUACCAACUCUAUAUACUCCCUGUUUAAUUUAUGCAUUUAUUUAACCGAUAGCGGUUUUCAGCAUUUAGAUGAAGUUUUAGCCGCCACCUUUGCCUACAUACAAUUGUUUGCUCAAUGCGGCUCUUUAAAGGAAGCCUAUGAGGAAUUAUCUAACAUAGAGGCCACCAGUUUUCGUUUUGCUGCUCAAAAGCCUGCUUUUGAUAAUGUUCAAAAUCUCGUUAUACGCUCUAAAUAUUAUCCGCCUAAAGACAUCUUAACUGGCACUGAGCUCUACUAUGAAUUUGAUGAAGAACAAGUUUUAAAUGUUAUAAAACAUUUAAAUGAAUUUACUUUUAACAUUAUGAUUACCUCACAACAGAAAUACGAUGGUAUUACUUAUGAUAAAAAAGAAAAAUGGUUUGGUACUGAAUACACCACCAUUAAAAUGCCCGAAAAAUGGCAAGAGUUGUGGAAUAAUUGUCAACCUAUGCCAGAGCUAUUCCUGCCCAAACCCAAUCGUUUUAUUUCACAAGAUUUUCGUAUAUUUUGGCAGGAGAAUGGUAAACCCGAAGUGCCUUUGGCACCCAAGAAAAUCUUGCAGACAGAUGUUUGUGAAUUGUGGUUUAGACAAGAUGAUAAAUUUCAAUUACCCGAUGCCUUUAUGUAUUUUUAUUUUGUAUCGCCUUUAUUAAGGCAAAGUGCCAAAAAUGAUGUCUUGUGUGCCCUGUAUGCUCAAUUAGUUAAAUAUCGUCUGGCCGAGGAAUUGUAUCCCGCCACAGUGGCUGGUUUAAGUUAUCAAUUUUAUUCCGCUGAAAAGGGUGUAGUUUUAAAGGUGAGUGGUUAUAAUGAAAAGCUGCAUUUGGUUGUUGAUCUUAUAACCAAAGCAAUGGUUUCUAUGCGUGAACAUAUUACCGAGGAACAAUUGGAGGUUUUCAAGAAACAUCAAAAGAAGGCUUAUUUCAAUGCUUUAAUAAAGCCCAAGGCUCUUAAUAAGGAUAUCCGUUUAUGUAUAGUGGAAAAUAUACGCUGGCCCAUAAUAGUUAAAUAUAAAUGUCUCAAUGAGAUAACACUACAGGAUAUGUUAGAGUUUGCCGACACUUAUACACAUGAGUUGUAUGUGCAAACUCUAAUGCAGGGUAACUUGACUGAAGAAGCUGCUCAUAAUGUCAUGAAUAACGUCUUGACCACCUUAAAUUGUCAAAAUAUAAAAGAGACAAAAUAUAUUGAAAAUCGUACGGUACAAUUGCCUCAGGGUUCUCAUUAUAUACGUUGCAAUGUUUUAAAUGAAAAAGAUUGCAACACGGUGGUAACAAAUUUCUAUCAAAUUGGUCCUUGUUCAGUGCGUAUUGAAAGUAUUUUAGAUUUGUUAAUGAUGUUUGUGGAAGAACCUUUGUUUGAUUCUUUACGAACUAAAGAACAAUUGGGCUAUUAUGUGGCUUCAUCGGUGCGCAUAAAUUACGGCAUUGCCGGCUAUUCCAUAACCGUCAAUUCACAAGAGACUAAAAACUCUUGUGCUCAUGUAGAAGAACGUAUUGAAGCGUUCCGUGGUAAAAUGUUACAGAUACUAGAUGAAAUGUCUCAAGAGGAAUUUGAACAUGUAAGAGAAUCUUUAAUUAAAAUUAAACAAGUCGUCGAUAUGUCUUUGACGGAAGAAGUUGCCCGCAAUUGGGGUGAAAUUACUUGUGAGGAAUAUUUAUUCGAUCGUAAACGUAAAGAGGUGGAGGUAUUACGUACUUUGGGCAAACAGGAAAUCAUUGAUUUUUGUCUCAACAAUGAACGUACAAAUCUAAGAAAAUUAUCCAUACAAGUUAUAGGCCAUACCAACGGAAAGUGUAAUGAAGCUUUAGAAGCCGAUAUGGAAACAGACAAUGCUGCUGAAACGGAGGAGACAAACGAAAAUGAAGACGAUGAAAUGGAUAGUUCUGUUCUAGUUCUGUUCUAG